AUGAAGGCCACCGCUCUGCUUGCUCUCGCUCUUGCAGCCGUUGUUGCGGCUUCUCCUGUUGCUGAACCGGAACUUGUUGAACAGCUGACAGCACUCUCCCAGGUUCGUGCAAGAGCAACUGUGCCUCUCUGGCGUCGAGCUCCUGCUCCAGUUCUUGCGCUUCGAGCCCUAGUUGCUAUACCGCCUGCUACAGCGCCAAGUACGCUGCUUGUGUUCGUGACUAUUGCUAGAAGCCGACAAUGGAACAUACGGAAGAGGGGAUUUAAGCUUGGGGAAGUCAUGGGGUUUACGUUGUGGGACGCUGUGAUGGCUCAGACGCAGUGA